AUGCGUCAGUCUCUAUGGUUUCCAAUUUUUACAUUAGCUAAGAAGACCCGAGAGCAACCGUCAGCACAGGAGAUCCUGGGGAAACUAAACAGCCUGCAGCCGAUCGUAGAGGACAUCACGCUCAUCAAGAAUGCAGUCAACAAUGUUCUCACUUCGCCCGCCCCCAUCAUGCCAAAUGUAACUUCCCGGAUCGCCUCCUGGGCAGAUAUAGUCCGCUCAGGCACACCCUCAUACCCAUCGACGCCGAACAGCAGAGCCUCCACAACGGCAGGCAUCAACGACAGGGAAACAGUAGUGAAACUCGAUGCGAAGGCUGCGGCCGUCCUCCUUUAG